AUUUGCAUCUUUAGCUUGCAGUUUCCCGAAACGCACAGCAAGUGAUGUCGUCCACUUUGAACAAGCAAAAAAUGAAGCCUCCAUGUAAGCUGCCACCGCAGCUUUUUCACAACCAUCGUCAAAUGGCGCUACGGAAUGUAACUGUUGCAGUCGCAUCUGCCUUAUUUGUCGCGUUCACAUUCAAUUUGCUGCACAACAAGCCGAAAAAAAAGAAGUAUCGCAAUUUUUAUAGCAACUAUGAUGCAGAGAAGUCCUUCAUGCGUAUGGCAGAAGGCGGCUACCUUCACUCAUGUCCGCCUUGUUCGUUAAAGAGUGGUGAAGAUGACGACGAUGAUGGCAAACAGAAGAAGAAAAAGUAGUUUGGAAA